UGCUGGCUCCUAAUCCCCCUGCUCCCAUCCCUCCCCCACAGAAAACCCAGACAUCAAAGCUCCUACCCCCCCCUCCUCCAACCCCCACUUCACAGAGGCUUCAUUCACUUCAAGUUUCGGUCUCACUUCCAGGCCCCGGAAAGGGGAAGCAAGGAGUGGGGGGGGAGGGCAUCAGACGCAGCCCAGAGCAGAGCGGGGAAGGUAGGGCCCCUUCCUCUCCCAGAGCACCCAAGCAUCCAAGACCCCGCUCGCCCCCACCCUGCCCAGAGCACCCAGGGGUCCGGGCUCCCAGAGCCCCCUCCUCCCCGCCCCCACAAAGAACGCAGGCAUCCCGGCUCCCUGCUCCAAGCCUGUGGUCUGGUGGUGGGGCCUGGAUGCAGGGCAGCUGCGGGUCAUGAGUGGGGGGCACCACUGUGGGGGGGGCUGUGGGUCGGGAGUGAGGGGCACUGCUGUGCGGGGUGCGGGUCGGGAGUGAGGGGCACUGCUGCGGGGGGCUGUGGAUCAGGAGUGGGGGGCACUGCUAUGUGGGACUGCAGGUCAGGAAAGAGCGGCACUGCUGGUGGGAGGCUGCGGUCGGGAGUGAGGGACACUGCUGUGGGGGGUGCAGGUUGGGAGUGAGGGGCACCCACUUACCCCUCUCUUCUGCCCCGUUCUCUCUCCCCCCUCCAAGAUGGCUGCAGCCGUCGUCGCUGGCCUGGCCCGUGUGUUGCACCCUGCCCUGGGUGGGGCUGGGGCUUCCGGCCAGGAUGGUUGUCAGGGCCUGGCCCUCUGGUACCUCCUUCUGGGGCUGCGACUGGUUGCCCUUUUUGUGGCCGAUGGCCCCGGGCCUUCAGCGGGGCCCAGCCUGGUCUGUGCCUCAGCCCCGGGGGAAACUGAGGCCUCUCGGGCCUUCUGCACAGCUAUCUGCUUCAACCAGUGCUUCCCGGCCCCCAUCGCCACCGCCUGGGGUCUCGGCUUCCUCGCCUGCCUCCUCCCCGUUGGGCUCAUGCGGCUCAUUCGCUCCCAGGGCAGAUGCCAGGCCCCAAAUGUCGAAGCCAUGGAUGCAUCCAAGAUGGCCGCCAACUCCGAAGGGGAGGAGUCUCCAUCUGAGGCAUCCAAGAUAGCUGCCCAAGUUGGAUUUAACCUGGCUGUCUUGUCUGAGGGGAAGGAGCUUCCGUCCAAGAUGGCCGCUGGGAGAUCCAAGAUGGCAGCCUGCCCGGCCAUGCGCUCCCUGGCCUUCGGCCUGUGCGUGGCCCUGCUGCUCUUGGUCGAGACGGUCUUCCUGUGGGUGGUGCUCAGCCUCCAGUUGCCAGCCGUGAUGGUAGCCUCUUUCCGGUGCCAGCCUGACUCCGCCCUCUGCCCCCUGACCCUGGAGUGUGCCCUGGGCAGGCAGGCCGAUAAGCAGCUGGCGCUCUGGACCUUGGCCUCCACUUCCUUCCUCAACAAGGCCGCCUGCCUCAUC